AUGAAACAACCACCUGGCUUUGUGCAUCCUUCGCUUCCUAGUCACGUUUGCCGCCUACGUAAAGCGAUAUAUGGUCUCAAACAAGCUCCUCGGGCUUGGUUUCAACGCUUCACUUCUUUUCUUUCUGAGAUUGGUUUUGUUGGCAGCACUGCUGAUCCCUCAAUGUUUGUUUGUCAUUCUUCCUCUGGCACUCUUGUUCUCCUCUUGUAUGUUGAUGAUAUUAUUGUCACCGGCAGUUCCUCAUCUCUUCUCGAUGCUCUUAUCGUUACUUUACAACGCGAAUUUGCCAUGAAAGAUCUCGGAUCGCUGCAUUAUUGUUUGGGUAUUGAGGUUCAUCGCUCUCCCUCUGGUCUUCAUCUAUCUCAACAAAGAUAUGCGCAUCAAUUGCUUCAGCGACAUGGUUUUUUUGACAGUAAGCCCGUUUCUACUCCUCUUUCGCCAACAUCUCGUCUCUCUUCCCAUGAAGGGCAUCUUCUUGAGGAUCCAUACACUUAUCGUCAGAUCGUUGGUGCUCUCCAGUAUCUCACUUUCACCAGACCGGACGUUUCAUAUGCCGUCAACUCUGUUGCCCAGUAUCUUCAUGCACCUCGUGAACCACACAUGCAAGCGGUCAAACGUAUUCUGCGUUAUAUUCGGGGGACGCUAACUUAUGGCCUUCCUAUCUCUCGCUGCGACAAUCCUUCUCUUGUGGCCUUCGCUGAUGCUGAUUGGGCUGGUUGCCCGGAUACACGUCGCUCUAAUUCUGGAUAUUGCAUUUUUCUUGGGCCAAAUCUUAUCUCCUGGUCUACUAAGAAACAACCCACCAUUUCUCGUUCUAGUUCUGAAGCAGAGUAUCGUGCUGUAGCCUACACACUUGCUGAGACAGUCUGGAUUCGUCGUCUCCUUCGUGACCUUCGUGUUUUCUUAUGGCGCUCUAUCAGUAUUUAUUGCGAUAAUCUCAGCACCACAUAUUUUGCGGCCAAUCCUGUUCUCCAUGCUCGCACGAAGUACAUUGAACUUGAUCAUCAAUUUUUGCGGAAAAAAGUUCAGUCUGGUGAUUUGGCUUUAAUUCAUAUCCCUUCUGACAAGCAACUUGCCGACAUUUUCACCAAGCCCCUGUCAUCCUCUCGUUCGUCUGAGAGCCAUGGAUAUUUUGUUACAAAAUUUGGGCACACCAGUGGCUUUAAUAGGAAUUUAGUUGCAUGA